AUGCGCAUGGAGGAGAACCCCUUCAAGCUGCCCCCGGACGACCAGAUCUUCGCCAUCCGGGAGCAGGAGCGGCAGCGCCGCGCGGAGGAGCGGGAGAAGGUGAAGCACCAGCACGUCUGGGAGAAGGUGACUGCAGCCUCACGGCAUAGUCGGACCAGGCGCAUUGACGACGGCGUGGACGACGCCCAGGCGGCGGCUUCCGCCGCGCGGGCGCGCGCGGGCGGCGCCCAGCCGGAGAACCUCGGCAUCGGUCGCGAUGCACGCCGGGAGAAGGAGAACAUCGCGGACUUUGUAGCAAAGAAGCGGGAGAUGUUCCUGGUGCAGAUGAGCCUGGACGUGAAGAAGGCGGAGAUCCUCAAGUUGGAUGCGCGGGCCAAGGACAAGGAGGAGGCGCUGAACAAGUCGAAACAGAUGCUGGACAAGGAUGUCGAGCGCUUCGAUGCGUUCUUGAGCAACAACGACGACCGGGCGCACAUGGCCAUGCAGAAGGCGGACACCAUGGCCAGGGAGAAGCAGGAUCGAGUGAUCCGCAUCAAGCAGCUGAAGUCGCAGUUGAGCGCGAUCCAAAGUGAAAUCGCGAAGCACCGGGAGCAGAAGGACGAGUGCCUCAGGUUCAAAGACUUCCUGGUGAACCUCACCCCUGGGGAGUGGAAGGAGAUGAAGCGGGAGGAGAAGAAGCAGCGCAAGCUCCAGCGCCGCCGCAUCGCCGUCGACGCGCGCAUGGGGGAGAUCGAGGAGCGCAUGCACUCGGAGAUCGAGGCAGAGGAGCAAGCCUUCCGGGAGAAGGAGGAGAAGGAGAAGAAAGGCCGGAGGCGUCAGAGGAAGACGGAGGAGGAGGAGCAGAAGGAGCGCGACCAGAUGGAGGCGCGGCGCCGCCGUAUUGCUCGAAAGUAUCCCACCAGGGACCAGGUGGACGCAGAGUAUGUGGAGUACUCCAGUGGGGAGGAGAUGCCGCUGUACUUCCAGGAGCCGAAGCAGCUGCUGGACAUCUUCACCUCGCUGGAGGAGUCCAACCUCUUUUUGAUCCAGAACUCCCAGGACACGGAGCAGGCCCUGGAGGAGCUGAACCAGAAGUUCGCAGCGCUCAGGAAGACCCGGGAGGCCAUGAGCAACAAGAUGAAGCUCCAGAUCUCCCAGCUUCAGCGCCAGAUCACCGACGAGACCCAGAAGUGUGAUGAGCUCAAACAGGCCAUCUCCCAGAAGCACGGUGGCUCCGAGAUUGAGGAGCUCUUGAAAGAUCUGGGGGAAGGAGUGGUGGACGUCCACCACGUGUGCAGCAGCGAGAACCAGGACGAGGGCGACACCCUGCAGAUGCUGUCACGCAUCGAGUUCAAGCUGGAGGAAUACCUCACCUACCUGGAUGAGGCUGAAGACUCCGGCCUGGGUGCUCGGGUUCUGGCAGAGGAGCACAAGAAGGAGAGGCAGCGGCGCCUGGACCUGCGGCUCAGCCGAAAGCUGCUGCAGGAGAAGAAGAUCGAGGACCGCCUCAAGGCCUCCCUGCACCGAUCCCAAGCGCCGGUGCACAAGAAGGUGGGCAAGCAGAUCAUGUUCCGCUCCGCCCCGCUCUUCCAAGCCCGCCGUGUGGUCCAAGAGGACGACGGCUACGAGGAGGCGGUGAGAGAGCACAACAUCUUCGGGAUUUGGCUGGACAAGGAGGGCGUGCCCAACGCCGCGCAACCCGAAAAGGCGGAGGGCUGA